AUGUCAGUAGCAACUAAUGUAACCAAUAAUUCCACACAACUUGUUCGUACUAAUUGGCCAGGAAUGAAUUCAACAGAGUCAUCUCCAACAUCUCAAAACUCAUCAGUAUCAAUUACUACACCUUUAAUACCAAUAACAUCAUCCUCACCAUCAACAACAACAAUAAUAGAUCAAAAUAAUAAUACAAAUGCAAUGGUAACAUCACCAAGAUCUAAUAAUAAUAAUAAUAAUAACAAUAGCCGUAUAUGUAUCCAUCCAACACAAACGAUGGCGUUAGAACGAACCAUUCAAACAUAUCCAUUAACAAAUUAUACAUUUGGUACAAAAGAUGCUUUAUACGAACGUGAUAGUUCUGUUCAAGCAAGGUUUCAACGUAUGCGAGAAGAAUUUACAACGAUGGGUAUGAGACGUAGUGUUGAAGCUGUUUUAUUAGUUCAUGAACAUAAUUUACCGCAUGUACUACUUCUUCAAUUAGGUACAACAUUUUUUAAAUUACCUGGUGGAGAACUGAAUCCCGGUGAAGAUUCAAUUGAAGGUCUUAAACGCUUAUUGAAUGAAACAUUAGGAAGACCAGAUGCUACGCAGCAAAAUAAUUGGCUUGUUGAAGAUGUCAUAGGGAAUUGGUGGCGUCCUAAUUUCGAAGCACCACGCUAUCCAUAUGUACCAGCUCAUAUAACUAAGCCAAAAGAACAUAUUCGAUUAUAUCUUGUUCAACUUGGCGAAUCAUCGAUGUUUGCAGUUCCACGUAACUAUAAAUUAGUUGCUGCACCACUAUUUGAAUUAUAUGAUAAUGCGUCUGGUUAUGGUCCCAUUAUAUCAAGUUUACCACAGGCACUUAGUCGAUUCAACUUUAUUUAUAAUUAA